UCUUUCUCUCUUUAUCUCUCUAAAAAACCAAUCUUUCUCUCUCAUCACAGAGAAAAACGCACAUCCAAAGAAAGAAGGAACAUUGAAGUUACACGCACACCCUUCCCCAUCAAAAACAAAGAAGAGUCCACACCACACCCAACUCUCUCUCUCUCUUCAAUGGCCCAGCUGGACCAAAAUUUAUGUAGAAGAAAAACAAAAAAGAAAGAAAGAAGGGGAAAGAAAAGAAAGAGAAGAUAGAUGUCUUCAAAUGUCCUCCAACCAAACCCACCUCACAAACUCUCUCUCUUAAAACAUGUUGCCAGAAAUACCCUUCUGCAACCCCCCAAAAAAUCCCAUCUUCAUCACUGUCUUUCAAAAGAACAUUAUUUUUCACCGAGUUAUGUGGGCUCUUUUGGGUUUUUGUUGUCUUGGUCAGAGUUUCACAGAGAAAACAGGAAAGCAAGAAACUUCUCCUCCCUUCCCUUCACUCUCUCUCCUUUUCUUUUCUUCCUUGUCCUUCUUGUUUCUCUCUACCCUCUUUUUAUUAUUUCCUGUCCAACUAUCUCUUUCUUUUUCAUACCCAUCUCCUUGUGUCCCUCUUUCUCUCCCCCUAUAAUUCUUGGUUUUUGGCUUGUGGGUUGUUAUAUCUCUUUGUGAUCUGAUGAAGAAGAUGAAAGGGGUUCUUGCUAUGGAGCCUUCUUCAUAUGCUGGUUACGAGGAUCCAAGGACUAGAUUCAAGCAUCAGAGUCUCAUGCAAGACUAUGAAGAGCUGCAGAAGGAUGCAGAGGCCAUGAAGAAGAAAUUGCAAAUGAUGAAACAGAAAAAGUUUACCCUCUUGGCCGAAGUAAGAUUUUUGAGUAGAAGAUACAAAUACUUAAUGGGGAACCAGUCCAUGAACUCUCGACAGAAGCAAGAUGUGGUGAAAACACACAAUUUUGAAACCCAGCGCACCAACAUUAUGAAGGGAAGGAGUUACAGUAAGAAGGAAUCUGCUUUGCGGAUUAAUCAUGCAUUAGACUUAAACCAAAAGGAACGGAUUAAUCAUGGAAUGGAAGACACCUUGCGAAAAUCUGCUCCAAAAUUUGACUUAAACCAGAAGGCGAGGACUCUUAGCGGGAAGGAAGCUACUUUGCAAAAACCAACUCCAAACUUUGACUUAAACCAGAAGGAAAGGAUACAGAUAGUGAAGGAAUCAUCGACAAAGCGAAAGAGUACUCCAGUUUUUGACUUGAACCAGAUUUCGAGAGAGGAGGAGGAGGAAUUCCAAGCUAAUUGUGAGCCAUUGAGGAUAGAAGAGCCGAACAAAAGUUUACUUAGAGGGGGAAAUGAUGAGCAGCACAGUGAUAUGAAGUUGCUGGUUUGCAGGACGAUUGGGAAUGGGUCAAAUCGAUCAGGGAAGAGGAAGAUUACUUGGCAAGAUCAGGUGGCUUUAAGGGUUUGAUUUCUUUCUUAGAGAAUUACCAUUGAAGAUGAUAGAUGUUGGAGUGGGGUGGGUUGGAGAGUUCGCCACGAUGUGGCAAAGAUACAAUUAAACUGCUAUGCUUCUUUGAUUUUCAUCUUUGUAAAGUAAUGAGAGACUGAUGGUGAUACAUAUCGAGUGUAUACUAUACAGAUGAAAUGAUGGAAUUAAUUGUAUCUUUGCUCUGUGUUGAUGAAUGUUGCAAGUUUGCUGAGGAUAUAGUAGGAAUUCGCAUAUGUAUUGCAAUCAUUGGGUUGUAAGAUAUUCCAAAUCCCAAGUAGCCGGCUGUAGAUGAAUUCAAAGAGAAAAGGAGAAGCUGAUGGUGAAAGAUUAAAGCUUUUCUUUUCAGAA